GAUGCUAAACCAGAGGGAGUGGCAGAGGUGAGUGUGGAGCCGGAGGGACAGGUGGAGGAAAUGAACGGCGAGGCGCACGACGGAUCCAGGCGUUCAUCGGCCUCCUCAGCAUCCUCCGCCUCCCCCGGAGACCCGUGCGACGACCCGCCGAUCCAGCGGAGGAUCCAGGAAGAGGAUAACGCGGAGAAUGGGAUGCUGAUGGCGUACACACUCCCCAGCAGUGACAGCACGCCGGAGGAGUCUGUCGACUACAGCCUGAAAACUCUGGAGAAUGACACUGUGGAUGAGAGCAGCGCAGCGCCGGCAGACCCCAGCCAGCCUGACAUCUCUCUGUUCGUCAAGGCAGGCAACGAUGGAGAAAGCAUCGGCAACUGUCCCUUCUCUCAGCGCCUCUUCAUGGUCCUCUGGCUCAAAGGAGUCGUGUUCAACGUCACCACCGUUGACCUCAAAAGAAAGCCAGCAGAUCUGCACAACCUGGCUCCAGGGACACACCCUCCUUUCCUGACCUUCAACGGAGAAGUCAAGACCGAUAUCAACAAGAUCGAGGAGUUCCUGGAGGAAACGCUCUGUCCUCCAAAGUAUCCCAAACUGGCCGCCAUGCAGCGAGAGUCGAAUACAGCUGGAAAUGACAUCUUCGCCAAGUUCUCAGCCUACAUCAAGAACACCAAACCAGAGGCCAACGCCGUUCUAGAGAAAGGUUUGACCAAGGCCCUGAAGAAGCUGGAUGACUACCUGAACAGCGCCUUGCCAGAUGAGAUCGAUGCAGACAGCAUGGAGGAGGAGAAGGGCUCCAACCGGUGCUUCCUCGAUGGAAACGAGCUCACUCUCGCAGACUGCAACCUGCUGCCCAAACUGCACAUAGUCAAGGUUGUUGCUAAGAAGUACCGCAACUACGACAUCCCCUCAGACAUGUCGGGGGUGUGGCGCUAUCUGAAGAGCGCCUACACGCGCGAUGAAUUCACCAACACCUGCGCUGCUGACUCCGAGAUCGAGACCGCCUACAAAGACGUGGCGAGGAGACUGGCCAAGUAACUCGCCAACCGACCCCAAACCCACAUCUCUUUUCAACAUACACAUGGGACUGUCCUUUUCUAGGCGCCUUCAGUGGCAUUUUCAGGAACCAGAAAUCCUUUCUGUCUGUCCCAGUAAACAGGUCAGAUGUUGCAGAAGCCUGUGUUACAGGUUGGCUUACAGGCUACUGCUUUACAGCUUUAUAUGGUUUUGCAAUUACAGAAACGUGGGAGCAGAGGAUAAAUCAAGCACAUUUAACUUAAUUUACAGGGCUUCAAACCACAGUCAAAUGUUGCUGCUGUGAAACUUCUGACAUAACACUCGCACUCAAACAUGAUUGUGUCCCGUCUGUAUUUAUUUCUCAUAACACAAAGCUCUCUUUCAUACAUACUCCACCGGUCCGCACGGCCAAACAUUUUACUAGCUGCUGAUGUCAGGGUCGUUCACUUUAUUUAUUCCUAAACCCACAUAAGUCUAGUCUGACUCCAGUGUUUAUUAUCAAGCUUUGGCUCCUGGGGAGACACCUUGAUUCAUUUAUGAUUGAUAAUUUGGCGCUAAUUGUUUAGCUGAAUAUGACUGUUCUUCGAUCUGCCGAUCCAGUUUUGAUUGUCAUUACCGUCGCUGUUGCUGUAGUCCUUUUUGUUUCCUUGAGCUUACACUAUCUUGAAAUUCACUCCUGCUUCUGAAAGAUUGAUUUGAAGGAAGAUUGCUUUUAAUAACAGGUUUAUAAGCUUGCUAAUGUUAGUUUGAGAGAAUAAGAUUUAGCUGACGAGGGCAUCGAUAGCUUAGAACAAAGCGUCUGAUUUGUUUGCAUGCAUGAAUCUGUUUGAAA